AUGAUAAAAGAUGAAAUGACCACUCAGCAGGUUAGACAGCUAGAAAAUGAUAAAUUGAAUGAAUUGGAUCGUGCAGCUCAAGCACAGUUAGACUAUAACAACAGUGUUUCCAAUGACUCAUUGACGGUAAGAGAAAUCUUGGAAUUGGAAAGGAACGGUACUACAACAGUCGACUGA